AUGCAGACCGCACGCCGGCCGGAAGCUUCGUUCGGGGACGUCCUGGACGGCGCCAUAUCGGACGUGGUGGACCACCGCCAGGACAAAUGGUACGGCGUCUUCAUGCCGGCGUUGCGCACCUUCCACUCGCAUUUCGGUCACACGGAGGUGCCCGAGGAGUUCGUGGUGCCGCAUUCGACUUCGAUGUGGCCGCGACCCACGUGGGGGCUGCACCUCGGCCAGAUCAUCAGUCGCAGCCAUGACACCAAGAGGCUUUACAGGGAGCAAGUGGAGGCGUCGCAGCUGGACCUGCAGAAGUUGGGCUUCACCUGGAAGGUGACGAAUGCCGCGGAUCGGUCCUGGAGGCACCAGGUGCUGCCGGCGUUGCGCGUGUUCCACCAAGAGCACGGCCACUGCAACGUCAAGAGCAGCUUCGUGGUGCCCGAGUGGGAUCCGUGGCCGAAACAGUCGUGGGGAUUGAACCUCGGAGCCAUCGUCAAGCGGGUUCGAGCGGGGAAGAGCUACGCCGACCAAGCGACUCAAGACAGUGCGGUGCUGGAGAAGCUGGGGUUUCUGUGGGACCCGAGGGAUGUCGAGUGGCAGGAGUGUAUUCUACCGGCGCUGGUCACGUUCGCGGAUGAGUUUGGGGAGGAAGUGCCGUUGACGUCGGACUUUGUGGUGCCGUCCGAGCCGCCGUGGCCCAAGCAGACGUGGGGGCUCGAACUCGGAUUGUUCAUGAGUGACGCGCAGAGGAGAGAGCAGUACUUUGUGCAGAUUAUCAAGGACGCGCAUGUGUUGGAUGAGUUGGGCUUCGAGGUGAGCUUAUCGGACACGACUUGGGGGCGACAGGUGGUCCCGCUCCUGACGAUUUACUCGACGAUUUACCCGAACCAACUGAAGCUUGCGGAAGAUUUCGUAAUCCCGCACAAACAACCUUGGCCCAGGAAGGUGUGGGGGCUGAAGCUAGGCGAAAUCGGAGCGCAGAAUGCCAUGCGCUUGGCUGAUGCGGAGCUGGAGUGGAAAGAAUGGAGAGACUUGCCAGAGACUGUAUCGCCCGUGUCGGAGAACAGAAGUCAGCAGUGGAAGAUCCGGAUCUUCCCAGCCUUGGUCACGUUCGUCAAAGUGUUCGGAGAUUGCCGACUUGGCGGCCACUUCACCGUUCCGUCUGAAGAUCCGUGGCCAAAGCCCACGUGGGGGCUGCGUCUUGGCGCUGGAAUUGCCGACUAUUAUAAGAAUGGGACGUACUUCGAGCAACUCGGACGAGACGCAGAUCGCUUGGCGCUACUCGGAUAUUCCUUCAGGGUAUCAGAGACUCCGUGGGAGCAGUACGGCGCUCCGUUACUUGAGACCUAUUCGACUAUCAACCCGUGCGUUGUGGUGCCCGAGAACUUCGUGAUCCCAUCUCAAGCUCCGUGGCCAGAAACAAUGUGGGGCGUCAAGUUGGGGAUCCUGGUGCGAUGGAAUUCCCAGCUCAUGACCUCAAUCGAGAAUGAAUGGAGGGCGCAGGUGCUGGCGGCGGUCGAAGUUUAUCGAACGGGGUUUGGAGACGUGCCUAUCGGCAAGAAAUUCGUGAUCCCGUCGCAACUGCAAUGGCCGAAGAAGACGUGGGGUAUGGAUCUGGCACGGAUCUUACAUCGUUUGCAUAUCGGGGAGUGUUACGACGGUCAUGGGGCUCUAGCAAGGAACUCGAUAGCUAGGCUAAAACACCUGCUGCACCGUCGUCGGGAUGAAGCUUGGGAGUCAAUAUUCACGGCCCUGCAGGCAUUCACCAACAAUUACGGACACUGCAUCGUAAAGCCACAUUUCGUUGUUCCGACCAGACCUUCGUGGCCAAAGGCGGUGUGGAAUUUGCAACUAGGGCAGAUCGUCGAGAAGAUGAUAGCAACCGGCAACUUUUUCUCGUACGCUGGACGGACUGCCAACCGGUUGAACAAACUCAACUUCAGUCUGACGCUGUCGAGCUCCGCGUGGGAGAAGAAAGUCGCUCCUUUGAUCGCCACUUUUGCUAAUCUCCACCCUCGAGACGCCAUCCCACGAGCGGCUGGAGGUGGCUUCUCAAUCCCAUCGGAGGAACCGUGGCCCGAGAAUGUCUGGGGAGUGAACCUCGGAGCUGUCGUGCAGUGGAAUUUGAAGCGCUUGGAGACCAUUGAACGGGACUGGAAGGCUCAAGUGCUACAGGCGAACGAAGUGUAUCGAUACGAGAACGGGAACAAGGUUUUGCGGGAUAAAUUCGUGGUGCCCUCUCGAUCUCCAUGGCCUUCUAAGACUUGGGGGCGCGAGCUUCGGCACAUUUUGACGUGCGUUCAGAUUGGGCAGCACUACGGGGGACACAUUGCUCUCGCCAACUUUCACUCGAACGACGCCUGCGUCGUCGCUAGUCCACAGAAUGAGCAGCAGUGGAAGGCGGUCAUCAUGCCAGCUCUUCACACGUUUGCCACAGUCUUUGGACACUGCGCAGUUGAAGAAGACUUUGUCGUUCCCCCUCUUUAUCCAUGGCCAAAGUCUGCGUCCGGGGUGAAUCUAGGCAGUGUCGUUGCAGCUAUGGAGAAGCUCGGGCUCUACUUUGCCGAGGUGGGGCUCAACGCCGAUCGACUGGAGACUUUCGGCUUCAGGUACAAGUUGGCCGAUGCGCCGUGGCAGGAGCACGUCGCCCCGUUGCUGAGUACAUUCGCGUCUCAGUAUCCUCACGAGAUUCUUCCCGAAGACUUUGUGAUUCCAGCAAAGGACUCGUGGCCCCAGCAGUUCUGGGGGCUGAGGCUUGGCAAGAUCUUCAUGUGGUCCUCUCGAUACGUCUGGAAUCACAACUACGGAGCGAAAUGGACAGAGCGCGAGAUGCCAGAGAACACAAGUCUAGCAGGAGAGUAUGGCUACUGCCGCGUUGCGUCUAGCUUCAGGGUCCCCAGCGAACUUCCGUGGCCUAAACAAAUGUGGGGGCUGCGGAUGAAGACGUACCUCCGUCAGAUGAAUCAAAGCGGCGACCUGUUCAUCCCUGGCGGACUUCAACGCGCCAUGAUGAACGAACAGCAGUUCGGCUUCGUCUUCAAACUCGCUACGGAGGUUUCGUGUGGAAUGCCCCAACGCGACGAGUACCGAGCAGAUGAAGAGCAGAUCGAGCGUAUCAACGUUGAAUCAGAAGAAGAGGAAGAAGUUGAGCCUGAAAGGUUACUGGGCAAGCAACAGCUACCCAGUGCGUUCUGCAAGAAACGAGAGGGCUGGGUGGGCAGCUACUCGCCCAAGGCUCGCAAAGCUCGAGUGGAGAGGUUCUUGAAGAAGCGGCAGGAGCGCGUGUGGGUCAAGGAGGUCAAGUACGACGUGCGUAAAAGUUUUGCAGACACGCGACUGCGUGUCAAGGGGCGAUUUGUGACUCGAGAAGACGAGAAAACUAUGCGGGAGCUGCUCAGCUUCACGUGA